AUGUAUGGCAAGCGCCUAGCCGUCGUCCAGAUCAACCUCCGCAAUCUCCCGUGCACUUACGAGGCAGAUCGCUUUGACGACCUCGAGGAGCUCGGCUUUGUCUGGCGCAUGCCGCGAGCCGAGCAUCGCAUUGUCUCGAUCAUGGCCGACGAAAGCGCGUACCUCUCUGCCAUGCCUCUAACGUCGCUCGUGGCGCUGUUAAAGGUGCAUCACGACGCCUCCGGUAGCUUGGACAUUUUGCAUGGUCUCGGUCUCUUUCCCGAGCUACCGCGGUGGAUCGUUGUCACGUCGACAAAAGAGACGUGA